AAAAAAGACCUCGGCCUUCAACAAACUGGCUUCCUGUUCGUUGCAGAAGUGCCAAAUGUAUAGAGAAAAUAAGCCGCGUGAGACGAAAUCUGAUCGAGCAGAUUGGUCGUUAGUAAGCGAGGGUAGGAUCAAGUUCCUUGUCCAGGUCCCAGUAAUCCAAUCUUAAAAAGUUGCGGAUUUUGAGGAAUUGCAGUUAUAUGGUGAUUCGUACCUACCAGGGGCGGGGGAAGUUUUGGACUUGCAAUCCUCGAACCUCUUCAAAAUUCACGUGUACACAUGACGGGGAUGACGAUGAGCUUUCACUUGCAAAGGGAUAUCUCUUUUCCAGGUUCCACUCUGCCAGGUUCGCCUGUACUAAAUCCUCUAUAUACCUCACCGGAUACAGUAACAGCAAAUAGAGCAACUGCAUCACCACGUACACACAGAGAGAGCAGAGCUCGUCAUCUUACGGUAUGGCCUCCAAAGACAGAUACACCUCCUGCCAGGAGAAGAUUCGUUCGCGUAGGUACUCGAUAUUCUAUGGAAGUAAAGUCGCACUUGAAACGUCCAUCCGUUCAUCAAUGUAUGUAACGAAAUAGUGAAGGAUGUGGAAGAUCCACUCCAGGCCUCAUCAAUGAGAUGGAGAAGGAGAGCGGGAAGUUAUGGGAAAUGUGAGCGGGGGAGUGAGUCACACAGGAGAGGCAGUUGACCAACCAGAGCCGAAUUUACACAUAACGAAUAUGUCUUUCCUCGACGAGCAGAGGAACAAGUGCUGUUAUCAUAAUGGCCGUGGAAACUUUUGUCUUCCCGCUCUGAAUCUUCUCUCGUUUCCUUCUCAUGCUCCUCUCAUCCACAGAGAAGUUCCGAGAUUAGGGUGUCUUAGUAUAAAGCCAACAUGCUUCGAGGCCCCAAAAUAAUGAUUUUGAGCCCGUUCUUUUCAUGAAAUUUUGUAUUUGCUUUUAAGGCACAUGUGAGUGUAUCUGACUGUAGAAUGUAUGCGAUCUCGUUUUAAAACCAUUCCAUGUCACACUCGAGAGUUUAGAUCGAAACAUUCUCUCCCGUGCUCGUUUGUAAAUGGAUUAAAAGGAGAAGUCGACGAGGGAAGCUUUUGAAGUAACAAGAAACACGAGGGAGCGAGGGAAGAAGACGACACGAAAUCAGCGCGUGAAUAUUAUUGGAGGGAUCUCUACAGUUCUAUCCCUAACGGUGGAUGA